AUGGAAGAUGAAACAAGUCGAACACCCAAUGUCAGUGGAAGUGCACCUCUUACUGAGUCUCUUGAUUCAACACCGGAAGUUGAACAACAUUCAGUGACUGUGAAGAGGAAAGCUAUAGAACCAAGAUCUGCUGCUUGGCCGCAUUAUGAUAAGCUCAUAGAAGAUGAAAUUAAUAAAGCAAAGUGCAAGCAUUGUGGUAAAGUUCUCUUAGCUGAUGCAACUAAAAAUAGAACAAGUGGACUGAAUAAACAUUUGAAAACUUGUCAUAAAAAUCCAAAUAAGGUUAACACUUCCAAUUCUAAGUACAAACAAUCAAAUUUAAACUUUCCAUUAGAAGGUGAAAUGGGUGAUGGGGCAAUUUGGACUUUUGAUCAAGAGGUUUUAAGAAGUUUAUGA